UGCCUGCUUUCAAAUUUUGAUCGAAAAAAAUAGUAAUGAGUCAUUUGGAUAGAAUUUUCUAGAGAACAAUAAUCUGUUUCUUUGUUGAUGGCAGAGUUCUUCUAAUCCAGAAAAUUAAAAAUACGCAAAGAACACUGUUGUAUUGAAGGGGGACUAGUUGUCUCUGUAUAUGCAACAAGUACUACAUAAUCUCAAAGUAUAUUGAUAAGAGAGAAAUAGAGGCAGGAAAAUGGAAAGUCUGUCUAUAAUGUGGAACCAACUUCAAAACAUGUUCUCUAACGAAAAAGACUCGCGUCUUGAUAAUUUAGAUGAAACAUUUACUAGUUUUCGCAGAACUCCAUUACACAUAGCAGCUAUGUCCGGUGAUGUCAAAUUUGCAUCAAGAAUUCUUUCUAAGGUAGAGGGUCUUGAUCUUGCAUUGAAACAAGACUCAAAUGGAUUUACUCCACUCCACCUUGCUUCUGUGAGAACAAGUAUUCCAAUGGUGAGAUUGUUGCUGGAGGCCAAAUCUGAUGCUUGUAUAGUUCAAGAUGAAGAUGGAAGAACACCUUUACAUCUAGCAGCUAUGAAAAAUCAAGGAGAGGUCAUGAAAGUACUAAUGGAAGAGGGACUACCCGAAGCAAUUCACCUAAGAAAUCAUCGAAAUGGGGAGACCAUACUUCACUUUUGUGUAAAAAACAACACUAAUCUGAAGACUCUUAAGCUAUUGGUAAACAAGUUGGUACAUGCGCCAGUCCCCGAGCAAAAUCCAAAUCUUAUAUCUGUCGACUCCACGGACAACGGUGGCAACACCAUCUUGCACUUUGCUGCGAAAAUGGGUAAUAUGAAGGUUACAAAUUAUUUGCUGCUGAAUAGCAAUGUAAGAAUUGAUAUAAAUGUCGUAAACAACAAGGGCCUCAAAGCCCUGAAUAUGUUACGGCAAGGUGACAGGAAUGAUCUACAAUUUGGAUUUUAUGAUUACCAUGUAUACGACAAACAUAUGAAUAAGACUUUGUCUAGAAAAAAUGAUCUCGAGGGACGGAAAGAUAGGGUCAAUGCUUUAAUGGUGGUGGCAACACUGAUUGCGGGAAUCGCCUUUGCAGCUGCAAUGAACCCACCAGGUGGGGUUUGGCAAGAAGAUUCUAAAAUCGACUCUGGUACUGACCCCGUUACUUUUGUUUAUUAUCUUGAUCAAAUGUUUUCCUCCUCUAUAUCUGGUGGUUUGGAUAAGUACAUAACAGAUAGCUUGCAGUACCGUGCAGUUAGUAAUUUUAGUAGAAUUGGAGAAGAAGAAGUAGGAGCUUAUCCUAUCAUUAGAGAUUAUGUGAAUACUCUGUGGAAUUUAUAUUUUGAUGAUCCUUAUUAUUCCAAUAUGAUAAGCCAAGGUUUAAUAUUGGAAGAUUUUAUGUUUAGAGAUUUUGUUUCCUACUACAACUACAGUACUGGGACCGGGAACAUUGAAUCGUUUUCAUCCUACAAAAACAGUACUAGGAAUGGAACCCGUGUCGGUUUUUUCCCUUAUUUAAUACGCUAUGCUGGAACUCCCAUAUUGGCUUAUACAUGGCCAGACUACUACGUUAUUUACAUGGUUACUAAUGGAGUUGCGCUUUUUGUGUCUCUGACUAUAAUUUUUCUGGUCAUAUGCGGGUUUAUGAUCGAAAAAUCUGUCACCCAAGUUCGAGUUCUUGUUGUGUUGAUGUGCAUUUCAAUCGGAUUUAUUGCUACCAGUUAUUUGACAAUAUUGGCAGCUUUGCUCCCAGGUUUUUUUAACAUCUUUAAUGGAUAUUAUGAAAUUUUUGUGCUCCAAGUAUUUUUUGGAGUCUGCUCCUUGUUGGGAAUAAUUUGGUUCUUCGUUUGGACUGCAUGGAAGAUAGCUAAGCUACGGAAGAAAAUGAGGCACCACCAUAUUGGAGUUAUUAAUUACCUUAAAACGCUAUUCUACAGCAUGGAUGCAAAGACCGCAGGAAAACUGUGUUUAUUUAUUAUUUCUUACUGUGCUUUUCGUUUGAAUGGAUAUCUAUAUAAUAAUUUUAGUUGGUCCUAUAUUAACCCAUUUUUGUAUUAAACCGGAUUCUGGUUUUGGGUUAAAACCAUAUUGUUGCCACAACAUGGCUAUAUCUUUCCAUGAGUUCCGUGUGUUUAGAAUUAAUUGACCACUGUUUUUUUCUUGUUA